CGGCAGCGGGCCACGCAGCCGGGGCCGGGUCAGCGACCGGCCAUGGAGACCCGCUACAACCUGAAGAGUUCGGCUGUUAAACGUUUAAUGAAAGAAGCAGCAGAACUGAAAGAUCCAACAGACCAUUACCAUGCACAGCCUUUAGAGGAUAACCUUUUUGAAUGGCACUUCACAGUUAGAGGGCCCCCAGAUUCUGAUUUUGAUGGAGGGGUUUAUCAUGGACGAAUAGUACUGCCACCAGAAUACCCCAUGAAACUACCAAGCAUUAUUCUCCUAACAGCUAAUGGGCAAUUUGAAGUAGGCAAGAAAAUCUGCUUGAGCAUCUCAGGGUAUCAUCCUGAGACUUGGCAGCCUUCCUGGAGUAUAAGAACAGCGUUACUAGCCAUCAUUGGGUUUAUGCCAACAAAAGGAGAGGGGGCCAUAGGUUCUCUAGAUUAUACACCCGAGGAAAGAAGAGCACUCUCCAAAAAAUCACAAGAUUUCUGUUGUGAGGGAUGUGGCUCCACCAUGAAGGAUGUCCUGUUGCCUUUAAAAUCUGGAAGCGACUCAAGCCAGGCUGACCAAGAAGCCAAGGAACUGGCUAGACAAAUCAGUUUUAAGGCAGAAGUCAAUUCAUCCAGAAAGACUAUUGCUGAGUCAGACUUAAACCACUCUUUUUCAAUAAAUGAUUUACAGGAUGAUAUACCUACAACAUUCCAGGGUGCUGCAGCCAGUACAUCGUAUGGAGUCCAGAACCCCUCGGCAGCCUCCCUUCAACAACCUGCCCAACCUGCAGUUAAGAAUACCUCCAUGAGCCCUCGACAAUGCCGGGCGCAGCAGCAGAGUCAAAGAAGGUAGUCUGCUUCACCAGACGUAAACCAGGGCCAUCAGCCAAGAGGCCACCACACUGAUCAUGGUGGAUCUGCCGUACUGAUUGUCAUCUUGACUUUGGCAUUGGCAGCUCUUAUAUUCCAGCAAAUAUAUCUGGCCAAUGAGUACAUACUUGACUUUGAAUUAUAAUAUUGUUUUGUGUCUUAAGAGCUGUGACUCAACUGCUUCGUUAAACAUUCUGCAUUGGGUAUAAUCUAAGAACUGUUUACAAAAAGAUUAUUUUCUACUUACCCUUCAUUCCUUUUUUGAUCCUUAUAACUUCAGUAUAAAUAUAACUAGACAUUCAGACUUGUCCUGCUUAGUUUAAGAGACUGGAAGUUGAAGUCCCUUGUCCCACCAAAUGACCUAUUCUACAGGGAUAGAGUUUACUGUUGUUUCUCAUGCCUUGGUUUCUCUUUAUGUAAAUUUGUGAUACUCUUCUGUAUAGCCCUUAGAUAUUUUGGAUAAAAGAUGGUGUUUUAAGCUCCAGUGAGUAUUACUAGUUACUCAAUGCCAGUUAUUGAGUACUCUGUUUCUGUAGAAUGAUAUAGGGAUAUGAGUUGAAAAGGGAAAAUAAAACCUGUCAAAUAACUUGCUUAAAAUAUCAUUUAAGAAACAUACUGGGAUUGCCCAUUCUAUAACUUUGUGUUGUAAACAUUCUUCAGUGAAAGUAGCUGUUUCAUUCAAACAUCCAUGAGGAAAUGAGAUUAUAUAUUUGUUAUUGGAUGUUACUUGACUAGAGAAUAAUGCAUUGUAACCACUUUGUUAUGCUGUUAUCCCUUCAGUACACACACAAGAUUCACAAAGGAAGAAAACAAUCCUCCAUCGAUCUUUGUUUAAGGAAGGAAAGGUCCAGUCCAAACCAAUUCUUGAUUUUCUUCCAGUAGUUAAGUGGGAGGAUCUUAAGAUUUUAAUGUUUGCUCUGCUCUGAAUUGUCUCUUUUGAGAUGUAUUAUAAGCCUAGCUUUGUAAUCAGUACAAAUUUUAUUUCAGGAAUAUGCAUAAUGUUGAUAUAUUUCAUGUACCAUUUUAAUAGAAAAGCUCAGGGCCCAAGUAACAGUGAAAGAAAUUAGAAAAACCCUUACUUAGAAUUGCCCACCUAAUCAAAGCCCAAGAAAUAAUUUUCAGUGCAAAAUCAAUAUAUAACUUAAUACUAAUCAGCUUCACAGACUCUUAGUAGAUAAUUUUAUCAUUAGAAUGCCUGCCGAGAACAUAUAAUCACAGGUAAACAUUGCCUUCAGCAUAUUUAGCUGCAGCAUUAAGGGCAUUAUUGAGAGUAUUAUUAAUGAAAAUAUAAUUUUUAAAAUGCAGGCAGUCUCCAGUUUUCAAAUAUGUUAUGCUGUAAAAGUGCAUUUGUGUUAAUUUUUUUUUGUAAUUCAAUGUUAUAAGUGUUUUAGGUUUUAGACAAGUCCACAGAAGUUAGUCCAUAAUGCAUCUUGAAUACUUUGGGGGAUAGUAUUCAUAAAGUCCUUAUGUGGUUUUAGCUAACUGAAAUGAUGGGCAAGAUAGAAACAAUUUGUAAAAUGAUUUUAAAAGCAAAUUCAAUGUUUACUCCUGCUAUUGACCUUUGGUUCUAUUAAUUCAGACACAAUUUCUGUUUUCAUCUUAGAGCCAGUUCUUUUAUGUCUGCAUUUAAAAUAAGAACCUAAUUGUGUACCAUUAUAUAAUACAUAGUUGUAUACUUAACUUUAAUAAAUAAGCAUUUUAAAAGUAAAAAAAAAA